AGAAAUCCUGUGAAAGGGUGGGGUUUAGUCAACUGUUGUGCAGACAGACACUUUCUGAAUCGGAGGAAUAGAGAAGUCAAACGUAUUUACCUCCACCAAGAUUGUCUCUAAAAACUGUUCACAGGACAUACUGGAGAAAAACAGCACCUCUACCACCUCUACUAGACUGUUGACAAGGCAGGUUGGGUCCAUGCAUUCCUGCUGUUGCUGCCAAAUUCUGACCCUACCAACUGUGUGCCUGAGCAGAAGUCAAGAUUCCGACCAAGCUAAGUUUUUCCAAUCUUCAGCUAUGGUCAAAAUCACUGAGAUCACAUAUUUUUCCGAUUUUGAUGGAUGGUGUGAACAUUAUCCAAAACUGCUGUAUUAGUUGAUUGUGUAUCCUAAUGAUCAACUAACCAAGUGCAUUUUGUUCCUGGUUGCAUGGUUAAUGAUUUUGGUUUCCAUUGACCAUUUUCACAUCAUUUUUUUCUCACUGAAGUACACAAUGUAUAUAAGUAAAGAUUUUGAACUUGAAUAUUUAGUUCAUCGAUAUAACAGGAUAAUCAGUAAUUAAUUUCCAUGAAAAUAGAUGCAUUUGGCUUUGUUGGCUUGCUGAGUAUCCUCUUUGUCUGCCAAGGGGUACAAACAAAAGUAGACGUUACAUAAUUCUUGCUUUCUUGCAUAAAAUAAACAAGGUUAAUAGUAAUCAUCACAAUUGAUAUUUAAUGUACAAGUGUAGAUGAGUAAUUAAUAUGCAAAUUAUUUGUGUACUGUGAUUUUAAUUAAUAAACUAAACAGUGUGACUGUUCAAACUUUCAUCUUCAAAGUUAAAGUGGUAGAAAGGCUAAAUAUUUUGAGUUGCAAUGGUUUAUGUAGUAGUGAUAAACAAGGAAAUGAUUGACACCAGGAAAUGUUUAGACUGUUUUUAAAAAUAGGCAAUUCAUUUCCUCUAUUGUCAAGCAGACAGAAUUAGCAGAAGAAUGCUCAGCAUUUAACUAAAAGUGUUAGUAGUAUGAAAAAGGUAAAAGGUAAAAAGCACUAUAUUUGAGGAGGCUCUAAGUAUAUAUAAAGUAUCUUUCAAGAAAAAAAUAAUUCCUUUGCAGUAUUUCAGUUCUGUAGCCAAGGAAAGUUCUCACAGACAAGUAUGUUAUUCCUAAUCAAUGGAAAAUUACUGAAGUUUAUAGAUUUUUCUUCUUGCUUGGGCUAGUCCUCUCUAACAAGCAUUAUCCAGUCAAUAAGUUGCUGCAGUGGUCGUAAUGUACACACACACAUACAACAACUUCAUCAACAUUAAAAAGUGACUGUAAUACAUAUUAUAUAAUAUAACUACUGUUCUCAUACAAUUGCCAUUCCCUUUCUUUGGCCUGCUUUGUAAAAGUUAGACUGUCCACAAAAAAACUUGGAGGUUAGAGCUAAAUAUAAGCAGUUCUCCAGUUGCAAGAAAACAAAAAGAGACAAAUACCUUGCUUAUUGUCAGCUUUGCAACAACUACAAAAGAGGAAACAUUUAAUUAGAUGUUGCAGGUCAGUUAAAAAAAACAGGCCUUGAAAGUUGGUCUAUCAAAUUGAGCCAGAAAAAAGUACUGAACACAACUGUUCAGUAAACUUUUUCUGUUCAGUAACAGAAACGUUAACUUCACAUCACUGUACAUACACUCAAAGAUUAGGGGUAAACAAUAUACAGUAGUUUGCCAUGUCAACAUUAACGUUGCUUGUUCUGCAUGAACAAAGGCUCAUUUCAAAGGCUGUCAGAGUUAUGUUAGUCAGACUUAUUAUUCUCAAAGAUGUAUUCUGUUUCAAAAUUUCACUAUUUCCAUAGCUAAUAUUGAAGAGAAAAUAUUUAGAACCAUAUGAAAAUUCAACUAAAAAUGUAUCUGAGCAGUAUCUGUAUCUAGUUUAUUACCAAAUAAUAACAGAUAUUUUUACAUUUUACAAUAUAUAGAUCUGAUCAGUCUGUUCUACAAACAUGUAGCUAACAUAUCUAUUGCUGUAUUAACUGUGAUAUCACUAUCAAGCAAGUAAAAUUGCAACUUUGUUUCACUUUUUUUCUGUGGUCAUUGGCUAUUUUGCGAAAUUUAAAAAUAAUAAUAAAUGAAAAUAAAGCCCUUUCUUAAGGUCCGUCAUGUCUCUACUUUGUGUAGUGCUGUAACAGAGUUGUAAGAUAUCCUGAAUAAGUGUCUUAAAAUCCGCUUGUGUGCAGAAUGCCGAAAAAUGGAAGAGUUUGGGCAGUCAAAAGUGAAUUAACAGAUGGUGUGUCAGGAAUGGCAGAAACCAGGGAGAUCAGAGAACAGAUAGAAUUAGAUAAGAGAGAGAACAUGUGACUGCAGGGAUUAAAUACAGAUGAGUAGAAUCAAGCACUCUACUGACUAAGUUAUCAGGGGUGGGCAUUAUACAGUGCACUUAAUACACCAGAAGGUGAGGGAAAGAAAAUAAGAAACAAGAUAAUUACAAAGUAAAAAUUGCAGAGGGUGGAGUGUAGAAGUGGUGUCAUGGCAGGGCAUCUGUGGGCUAUGACAAUAAAGUUCAUUAGGAUUUGUUCAUGGAAAUAGUAUUAGUAUUGAAGGACCUAGACAUACAAUUCAUGUAACAUGAUGUUAUGUGCACAGUUAGUACUCAUAGUUAGUUUUCAGUUACUGAGAGUGUGAGAGUGUGAAUGAGAAAGCUUGUACAUGUAGAGAUGCAAGUGAGUGUGUGUUGUGUGUGUGUCUGUGUGUGUGUGUUUGGUUUUCCUAAAGAGACUCUCAAUAUACUUCUAUUUAAUUAAUUCCUUUGUUUAAUAACAUUUAUUUGUGUUUAAGAUCAUAUGAUCAUAUCUGAAUGAAAAAUGUCAGAUAUCAUGCUGGAAGAGGUAUUCAUAAAACGCUCUCAGCAAAAGAAGAAAACUUCACCCCUGAACUUCAAAGAGAGAUUGUUUGUACUCACACAGGAAAAGAUUGCAUACUAUGACUACGACUUUGAAAAAGGGAAAAAAAAAGGACUGAAGGGAUUUGUUGACACUGAGAAGAUUAAAUGUGUUGAGCUUGUGAUUCCAGAAGACAAUGCUCCUCCUGAACGAUUGUUCCCAUUUCAGAUAGUCUAUGAUGAGGGACCACUCUACAUGUUUGCCAAAACAGAUGAUAUAAGAAAGCAGUGGAUACAUAAACUUAAGCAUGUGGUCCGGUUCAACAAAGACCUCAUGCAAAAAUACCACCCUUGUUUUUGGGAGGAUGGUGUGUGGAAGUGUUGCCAGCAGGAAGUCAAGCAGGCUAUGGGCUGUAAGGUGCUGGAAAUGAGAAAUGGAGGUUUUUCUGUUGGAUCCCGGCGUAAAUCUAGAAAACCUCUCCCACCUACACCUGAAGAGGAAAAGCCCUCUAUAUCUUUGCCCCAUGAGUUACCAAAGCAGCAUGGCUUUUCGGUGGGUAUGACAGUCAUUGCUGAAUAUGACUACAGCCCCAUGGCACCCCAAGACCUGGAGUUGAAAAAGGAUGAUGAAUACACAAUUUUGGAAAUAUGUGAUGCCAACUGGUUUAGAGCCAGAGACAAACAUGGUAAAGAGGGAUAUAUUCCAAGUAACUAUGUGGUUGAGGCCUUGAACGGAUUGGAGAAGUUUGAAUGGUAUUGCAAAAACAUGAACCGCAGUCAAGCAGAAAAUUUACUUAAGACUGAGAAUAAAGAUGGUGGCUUUCUGGUGCGAGACUCAGGAAGAUACACUGGAAAAUAUACUGUCUCUGUUUACACCAAGGGUAUUGGAGAAGUGGUUGGCAGCUGCAGACACUACAACAUAUUAUCUACUCAAAAAGGACAGUUGUACCUGGCAGAGAAGCAUUAUUUCAGUAAUAUUCCAGACCUCAUCAAUUACCAUCAACACAAUGCUGCAGGACUGGUGAGCAGACUAAAAUACAUUGUGUCAAAUCGAGCUCAGAAUGCUCCCUCCACCGCAGGCCUAGGAUAUGGAGUCUGGGAGAUUGAUCCCCGCCAACUCACGUUUAUUAAAGAAUUAGGUAAUGGACAAUUUGGGGUUGUUAAGUAUGGAAAGUGGCAGGGUCGGCAUGAUGUGGCCAUAAAAAUGAUCAAGGAGGGUUCUAUGUCAGAGGAUGAUUUCAUCGAAGAGGCUAAAGUUAUGAUGAAACUUCAUCAUGAAAAUCUAGUUCAGCUGUAUGGUGUUUGCACAAAACAAAGACCUAUUUACAUAGUAACUGAGUUUCUUCCCAAUGGAUGCCUACUGACCUACCUACGGGAGUGCCUGCGACACCCCUGUGCUCUUCAGCUCCUUGAGAUGUGUAAAGAUGUGAGUGAAGGAAUGGCCUACCUAGAAUCCCAGCAGUACAUUCACAGAGACCUUGCUGCCAGAAAUUGUUUAGUGGAUUCAAAUGGGACUGUUAAAGUGACUGAUUUUGGACUGUCACGGUAUGUCCUUAAUGAUGAAUAUACUAGCUCUGUUGGCUCACAGUUCCCUGUACGCUGGUCACCUCCUGAAGUACUCCUUUACCACAAAUUCAGCAGCAAGUCAGACAUUUGGGCAUUUGGUAUUUUAAUGUGGGAAGUCUACACACUAGGUAGAAUGCCAUACGAACGACUGAAUAAUACUGAAAUAGUGAAUGAAGUUACUGCUGGAUACAGACUGUAUCGCCCUCAGAUGGCCAAUGACAGAAUCUACUCCAUAAUGACCAAAUGUUGGCAUGAGAAGCCAGAUGAACGGCCCACAUUUCAGGAUCUUGUGAUGGCCAUUCAGGAUUUGCUUGACAAUCUGCACUAGACCACCAACCUAGUGGCAGGAAAUGUCUGUUUAUAAGGGUAGCCCUGCAAAAAUAAAAACACUGGGUCCUGAAUUGCAGCUAUAUUUACAAUUAUUAUUUAGUAUUUAUGAUUUUUUUCAAAACUUUCUAGUUGAAUGUUUUAUAAAGUCCAUUAUCAGAUCCAGAUAUCAUUAUAUGACUGUAUGACUAAUUCAAAAUUCUAUAUAUUUUAACUGCAUUGCACUGCAUAAAAAUGGAACGUCAGGUAAAAUAUGUAGAUGUCCUGAAACUUGAUGCUUAGAAAUGCUUAAUUCUAACUGUUUGCAGAAUGUUUUGGAGAAUGGAGUGUUUCAUGAAUUAAUAUGAAUAUAUUAUGAAUAUAUGAUCCAUGCAGUAGUGACCUGCACAGUAAAGUAUAAAUGAAAUUCCAGUGCAAACAUAAAAUAAAAAAUAAAAUGAAAAAGAAAACAAUCACAUAAUUGUUCACAUCUGUAAUAAACUGUCAGCAUAAACAUGUUGUCAAAACUUUACUUCUAUAUUAGUAUAGUAGUAUUAGCCAGUAUAUACACUACUCACAAAAAGUUAAGAAUAUUCAGCUUUCAGGUGAAAUAUCAGAAUGCACCUAAAAUGCACUAUAACCUUUACAGGUGAACUUAAUUUGACCUUCUCUACACUUUUGAAUGCACAUGUCUAACUAUUCAGUGUUUCAGUACAGUUUGCAUAACUUGCUGUUCUUUAACAAGGUGCUUAACGGCAAAAUUCACAACUGGUGUUUGAUCCAAGAAUCAAAUUUUCUGGUUCAAUUAGAAUUGGUAUUUAAACAGUCCUCUUCAUCAUGCUGUUGACAUCAUUUUGACAUCAUGAGACCAAGACGACAACUAACAAUUGAUCAACAGUACCUUGCCAUUGUGAGGCUUCAAACAGGAUGUUCUCAGAGGGAAGUGGCCACUGAGCUUAGAGUGUCACAGAGUGUCAUCAGCAGGUUGCGACAGAGAUACAGAGAGACUGGAAGAGUCACAGAAAGGCAUAGAAGUGGAUGUCCUUUGGCCUUUGAGAGGCACCCAAGUAUCACGUCAGACCAUUCGAAACCGUUUACAUCAGCGUGGUCUGCGUGCUAGACGACCUGCAAGGGUACCUGACCACACCACCAGGCAGAGGCGUCAGGCCAGGGAGCAUUUACGCUGGACAAGGGACCAGUGAGCCUCAGUGCUGUUCUCUGAUGAAUGUUGAUUCACGUUGAGCAGAAAUGAUGGCCUUUUUACAUUUUCCAUAAAUUUCACCCAAAAGCCAAAUAUCCUUAACUCUUUCUGAGCAGUGUAUUUGCAGACUCAGAAAAAGUAGAAACUGCUGGUUUUAAGGCUAUUUGUGUAUAGCUUAGUUUCUUUAGUCGUAGUUGAGUUGGAAUUUUUGCUGAUACUUGCCAACUUGAUACACACACAGUCUCAAUGUGAAGACUUCUUGGAAACAUUCUGAACUUAAGCAACAGAAAUUGGACUUUGUAUUUGUAUCUGUAUUAGUUUAGAACACGGAAUCUGUUCAGCUUAUUUGUAUUCAAAUACAUAUCUACUGUGUGUACGUUAUCUAAUGAGAAAAUAGAAGAAAAAAACAGGCCAGUCAGUCAGCUACAGACACAGACCAGAAAAUCAGCUUAUAAUAUCUGGUACUCCAAAUCUUCUUAAGUGUCAAUAUUUGGGAAAGGCUUGAAAUUGGUCGUCAUCAUGCACUGGAAGAAUGCAAACCAUACUUUCCAGAAUUUGAAAUAUCCCACAUAGAGUAUCCUUAGCAAAUAUAUAACUAAUAAAUAAAAAGACAGGAAAAGAAACAAAAGCUAGAAAAACUAAAACAAAUCAUUAGACUAAGACAAGAAGUGGAAAAGCCAACGAAAACGCAGUUUCCUGGCUCUCUUUUUAUUUGUCUCCUGGCUUCAUGUUUUAUUUCACUGAUUGUUUUCAGUUUGUAUAUGUAAAUUGUGACUUUUCAAUGCAUACCAAGGUUAUGCUCUGUUUUCCAGUAGGUUCUGUUUUAGGCCCUGUUUCUCCUUAUAUGCUACCUCUUGGUACAAUUUUUCAUAAACAUGGUAUUAAUUUCCACUGUUAUCCUGAUGACAAUGUUUUAGCAAAGCCAGAUGAGAUAUAUAUCAACUUAAUGAGAUUGAAGAAUGUGUAAAGGACAUUUGAUCAUGUUUGCUUGCUAACAAUCAGAAGUAAGCUAAGUAAUUCUGUUUAUAAAGCACUUUUAACAAUGGACAUUGUCUCAAAGCAACUUUACAGAAAUAUAAAAAUAUAGAAUAAAAAUGACAACAUUUUAAACUAUUUAUCUCUACUGAGCAAGCCAAUUUAGGCCAAGCCAAUUUAAAUUUAGCUUAGCAACGGCACGAGUUGCCUGCAUGGGGGCGGUACACAGCCUGUAAGGAAGCGGCCAAUGAGCAACGCCAACUUCCUCUUCAGGCCAAUUUAAAUUUAGCUUACCAACUCCACGUUACCACCUCAAGGAACUCCUUUAAUGCAGUUUAUAGUGUGGAAUAAAAAUUCUCCUGUACUCACUACUAGAAUCUGACUCCAGCUCCACACUGACCCGACAGCUCAGUCUGAGUGAGACUCGUAGUUAGUAAGGCCUCAAAACUAAAUAAGCCAAUCAAGCAGACUAGAUGAAUGCAGAUAAGAGAUUUUAUUUUGUAAUCAGCGCUGACACAAGAAUUGAGAUGCUCACGCAUGAACGUCCCAACAACCUCUCUCCGGGGAACUCCAACUACAGCCUUUAUAUACAUUUCCCUUAUCUUCCCAAUGCAACACGUCACUGGUUCUUUACCUAGACAAUCCCACCCAUCUUUCUUUUUUAGACCUUUUAGAUUCUUUUUUUUACACCAUUAUCUUUGAAUUUACAACUUUUCGAAUACCAUUAUAAUUAAACUUUCCUGAAUCAUUAUAUUAAAAAUUGGGCGUUUCCGCCCCCACCAGUGGGAUUGUCUUUGGCCUCACUCUCGCCAAUACCUCAUUCUUCUUCAGGAGACAGCAUGGGUAAGUUCUCAGUUCUUCAGGGGCCAACACCCUUUCUUUUAUUAACUUUUACACCUCACGGAUUUUCUGAUUUAUCCGCUGUCUUCUACGUAUGUACUCUAGAUAUUUCGCCUGGUACCACCAUUGCCAUCCAGCACGCGCUGCGUUUACUUCAUGAUGAGCUCACUACCGCUCAAGGUACCAGUGGAGCGAAGAUUGACCAUAACAAUCUAGGGUGCGUCUCUGCCACUGAUUGGUCCAAAUUUGGAAGGCCUGGUACCGCAGAGAAAGCCUGCCAGACUGACAUCAUUGAUACAACUAUUUGUUCUUCAAAGCCCUUGCAGCCUGUGUGCAAGGCCCGUGACAGGCCAACAUGCCGUGUUAAACCUUAUAUUGUUCUUAAGCUCAAACGACCUAACGAAUAAACCUUACCUGAGAACUCA